CCACCCUGAACACACCGACUUGUAGCAGCAGCAGCAGCAGCAGCAGCAGCAGCGGCGGGCUGAUGCAGGACACCUCACAUGGGUUGCGUAAAAGUUGUGCGCAAAGUCUCUCCAAACCAGAGAUCCCCAUCUUAAUGCGUCGAUUUUUUUUCCCCUGAUGGAAGCUGAUUUAUUUCAGUUAGGACCAUGUGCUGAAGCUUCUGCCUGUUGUACUGAAGCUGCUGCGCCGUUACAGUUGUUCUGUUCCUUUUUACAUGCGUGCGUAAAACAGCUUGGGACUCUCCUGAUAUUUUAAUUGCUAAUAGCCUAAGUCUAUUUUUUCCUAUGUAUUUGUGUAAAUAGAUUACAUCUAUAGCCACGUUUAAUUGGUUGUUACAUUUGUUCAAAAUCCUCUUUUAUUACUUGUAUAUGCUCAGUUUAAGCGACAACAUUGCGCACGAAGGAUUAAAAGUGGAAUUCUUCUGCUAUUAGUCAUAGAUGUCCGCUCAGCUGGAAGGAGGCCUGCAGCCGGAGACAACAGCAAAACUCGAUGUAUUAAAAUCUGAAGAAGUUUCUGACGUGACAAGUCCUGACGGAUGCGUGGGUCAGCGCGGCCGCCCCGAGGACGGAGGGGAGAACAAAGCGGUCCUGUCUCCAGAGGGCCCGCAGCAGAAAGCGCGCAAGAUGACUCGCAGCCCCAAAUGCGCCCGCUGUCGAAACCACGGCGUCGUUUCGUGUUUGAAGGGCCACAAACGCUUCUGCCGCUGGAGGGACUGCCGCUGCGCCUGCUGCCUGCUGGUGGUGGAGCGGCAGCGCGUCAUGGCAGCGCAGGUCGCGCUCCGGCGGCAGCAGGCUGCGGAGGGUAAGAGGGGAGUCAGAUGUGCAGCUCCGUUGCGGAGGACGGCCUAUCAGUGUUACACCAGAGCAGCCGAGUCGAGCAUCGUGGCUAAAAGCAUCCUGCAGGGGCUGAAAUCUGCUGCGCCUCCAGAGGACGACGCCUCCUGUUGGUCGAAGCAGGCGCAGCACGACCAGCCGCCCUUCACCUGCCCCUCCAUCAGCGCCCGGAUGAGGAAGAGACGAGCCUUCGCAGACAAGGAGCUGGAGAACGUGAUGAUGGAGCGCGAGCUGAGACAGAGGGAGCUGCACACCGACCUGCCCUUCUCCUCCUCCGCCCUCGUCCCCCUGCCUCACCCUCCACCCCUGCCCAUCUCCCCUGGCCUCCACUGCUGCCCUCCCAGCAAGGACCCCGCCGCUGCAGGGGCAUUAAGCUACGUGCCUGUAUAUAAAUAUAAGCCUCUUUAUGAGUGUGACUUCCAGUUUUACCAGUUCUUCCACCUAAAGAGCAGGUCCUCCACAGGAAGCAGCUACGAUGACUUUUUGCUAUGCCGAAGCUCAGAGGAAAGCAGCGAGGAAACGGAGGUGCAGAAUGGAUGGAAAGAUCACGGAAAGAGAAACCAAGCAGAGUUAAUGCCUCUGCUAUCACAGCAAAGACUUAAGAAUGAUGGCAGCACCGCAUCAAGUGUUGAACUUCUCAAAUCCACUUCAAAAACAACAGAAACAAUGGACUCAAAUGGCUCUUCAGCAGUCACACUGUCUAUUUCUGGAUCCGAUCAGCGUCCCCUGGGUGGACCAGACAUCAGUGCAGCCAGCAGGACUUUUGAUCCCAGACCUUUGACAGCUAAGAGCUGGACUGCAGACACUCCUGCCCCACAGGCAGGUCCUCAUGUCGACUUUGUCAAGAGCCCUCAUGGCAGCUCAGUCAGGACUCCCACUGUGAGGCCAUUACCUUUCUCUGUCGAGGCUCUGCUGAGGGCCUGACAGGCAAAUGGAAAGCGGAGUCUUGCACUUUGUUAUGUAUGGAUAAAGAAUUUAAUCUGAGGCUAUAAAUAUAAAAAAUGCUGUUUUGUAUAGCAGGUUUUCAAACACUUUUCUUUAAAGUGGCAAAAAUAUUUAAGAACAGGUUUCAGAAAUUAAAUUACAGUGUUUUUUUAUUUUCAUGAAAAUGUAUUUUCCUAUAUUUGAUCUUUUAUUAAAAAUAUAACACUGAAAGACAAAUAUGUACUUCAACGCUAUAUUUUUAUCUACUUUCCAGCAUUGACCAUAUUUUGUACAAUGCAUACUUUUAAAAAGUUGUCAUUUUUCUAUCCUCCUCUGUCAGCAGUGCCAUAAAAAUGUACUGAACUACU